AUGACGUCAAGAAUUUCUAAGAUAGCAAGAAAGUCAGUGGUUAUCAUUGCUGACAAGAGGGAUGAAGAUGCCUACUGUAGUGGUUGUGUGAUCAUGAAGGACGGGGCUGUGACAGUGAUAGCGUCCUCGGAUUUUGUGAAACGGCGAGAGAGGCGCCUGAAGGUUGUCUUUUUUGACAGGGAAGAGUUAGAGGCCACAGUAGUUAUUGUACAAGAUUCAUUCUGUUUACUCAGAACAGCAUUCCACCCAGGCUGUGAGGCGAUCAGUUUGUUGGAAGAUGAAGAUGGCCUUAUUCCUUCUACCACAUUUAUGUUCGCUCCAAUCUCUCAGACCGCUAACCAGAGGAUGUCCACCUUUGCUACUGUGGAGUCACUUGCUUCGUAUGGAGAGAAUGAGACAGAUUUGGUGGCCGAUUCCACUAAAUAUUUCCUGGUGUCUUGUCCGUAUUCUGAGAAGACUCGCAGUGGCCUUAACAGAUUGACUGCUGCACCAGUGUUCACCUUGAGGGGGAAGACAGCUGGCAUUGUUCUGCAGGACUGUCGUGAUGCGGUUGAAGAUCCAGAAGCGGCUGAGGUAAAAGUUAUAUUGAAAGCUAGCCAUGUCAAUGAACUGAUGAAGUUACUUCCACCAGCACCACUAAAGAGGCCAGGAAAGAAGAGGAAGAGGAGUUGUCACUAG